UUGUCUUCACAAAUAGAUAAUCACUUUAUCUUUCUAGUGAUACCAUUUGUUAUUUAGUCAAAUGAUAGUCUGAAAGAACCUCAGAGAAGCAUAUGAGUUUAGGAAGGGAAGAAAAUGCUGGAGCUUGUCUCUAUCAAAGAAAUCAUGCUUCGUAAAUAUUGCAGUUGCUUCAUUUGCUUCUUCUAGUCUAUGAAAUGGAUUUCCCUUCUUCGCCUUUUUGCCUCCUUUCAUUUACCAAGUUUCUUCUGUUUUGGUGUGGUUCUUGAGCUGUACCACAUAGCAUAGAAAGUAACAUAUUGAUGAACGUAGGGACACAUUGCUAUCUAAUAACAAAAAGAUAUCUGAGAGAGCUGGGAAAAUGAGGAGUAAGGGAUCUUGGUUAAAGGUCAGGGCAAGGAGGAGCACCUGCUGUAUUGAGCAGAGGCGAUGUGUCCUACUGGAGGGAUGGAACUGCAGCAAUGGAGACCUGACAUUCUAUGAGAGCAAUUUGAACAGCAGUUUUGUUUUUUGAUAGGAAAAGACAGAGAAGAGCAGGUGGUCAUUGGGUGGAAGGAUUGGAUCUCACGGUAUUAUAUUGAAUCUUAAAUCACAGGGAAGUCUUGAAUGGUGUCUGCUUGUACCAUUGAAUGUGUUCACUUUUGACAUUGAGGAGCACUUAAACUGCAACUUUUUUGUUUGCAAAACAAAGUUACCUCGCUAUUCUUCUAUUACUAAUUAAAAAUAAAUAAUGCAGCAACAGAAUUGGUUGCUUCUCGGACACUAUUUGUUCUUUCUGGUGUUGAAAUAGCUAUCUCAACUAAAUAGCUGUUUCUCUCAAAAUAUUUUUCUCAGUGUGAAUCUCACUUCUCUUUUACUGUUGUUUUAAAGUACAUAAAACUGAGAGUAUAUAUGCUGAAGUUUGUUGUCAUCGCUCCAUGCUAUAUUUUCUGUAGAUAAAAUUAAGUCAUCUUUAGAUUAAUUGUGCUUUACUUGAACUGUAAUUUUUACCUGAUUGAGGCUUUAAUUUCCAGAAAAUUGGAUGUCCUCCAACUUAGGUCUGAGCCAGCUGAAUAGGUUGUUGACAGAGACUGUAAUGUAACUUAAAUGUAGUUGAAAUAAUAAUCAAAGUCUAGAAUAGACUUAUCUGCUUUUAAUUUUAAAAACAGCUUUUGUUUGUUUUAUGAUUAAGUGGGAGCUGUAGGUCUGAUUUUUAGUAAUGUAAUGAUUCAAAGGUCAGAUUAAGUUAGGGAAACUACUUGUGUCUGGAGGUGUUACAGCCCAAAAAAUUUGUAUUUUUUGCAAGGACUAGCAAAUUCUCACCCUUACACAUGUAUUCCUUGCACAUUACCAAGAGCAACAUAUUCUUCAAAACAGUCUGCAUUCCGCUCUGUGUUGUAGAUGUCAAUAAAAGGAUGUUCAGUUUCUGUCUGUAGCUUCCAUGAUGCUAUUACCUUUUAGUUGUUUCAUCUACUGACAACAUGCCAUUCCGCUUGGGACAAAACAAACGAACACAAAAAUAUAUCAGACUAAUGCUAAGAGGUUUUUUUCUAGAUAGAACUAUGAAUUUGUCUGAUUUAUUCCCUUUAUUAAACACAAUCCCCUUUCUUUAUAUUGCUUCUUUUUAUUAUUUUCAUGGAUAAACACCUUGUUGUAAUGCAUCAUCUUCCUCAAGUCAAUGCUAAGCAUAGAUUUUGGCUAUUUGGGAAAUGCUAAUUUUUACUAGUUUUCAUUGUUUUCUUUUUCUUUCCAGUUAAUUAUUCUGCUUCCUAGUUUAAUGACUGUAUGUUGCCAGUGGACAAAAAUAUGGACUUUGCCGUCUGUCUCUCUGCCCAGCUACUCCCAUGGAAUUCUGCUCUUCCAUAAAGUUCCCCUCAGACAGUGUUAUUGCUGAAGAUUACUCAGAUGCCUUCUGUCCAUUUUCUGCUUCACAUGCUAUGUCAUGAAAGCUUUGAUACACUUAGUACAUAAUUUAAAUGAAUGACUACUUUGGCAAGCAUAAUGGAAGGCACGCAUACUAUCCUUCAAUUGCACAAACCCAUAAUGGAGCUUUGUUACAUCAGCUUCUAUCUUCCAGAGGGAAAAGUCAGAGGAUUUACUUACAGAGGCUGUGUGACUCUGGAUAGAACCAGUAAACGUUUCUGUAAUUGCUAUAAAGUACAGGAGAGGUUGGAGAUGAGAGAAGAGCCAUAUGAAAACUUCAGAGAGAUUAUUUUCAAGCAAACUACAACAAAAGACAUUCUCACUGAGUUGUACAGACUAACUGCUGAAAAGGAAAAACUGUUAUCCAGUCUUUUGAGAUCACAUAAUAUUCUGGGCUUUAACACAGGACAUCAGGAAGAAAAGAAACAGGCUGUUUCUGGAGUCAUGGAACUUAAAUAUGAUGAUUGUUCCAGUUAUGCAUAUCAUCAGGCAUUCUUUCUGGAUUCUGCAAAGAGAGACAAAUUAAAUGGCAAGAAAAUGAGGAAAUAUAGAAGAAAAGAGAGCUUUGAACUCAGGCACUGGAAAGGGAGAAAUAAGUUAUAUGAACAACAUCCUUCUUUACUGAGGGGGCGAGGCAUGCAAAUGAGUAAUGAGAAGAUGCUCCCCACGGGACUUUCUACCAGGAGUUUUCCCGGUUCCUUUUCUGCCUCCAGUUGUGUAACAGCAAAAGGUAAAGACUAUUUAUCACCAGAUGUUGGUAUACAACUGGCAAGAGGGAUAAAAGAGGGUUAUUUUCUUGAAAGCAACAAAGCUAUGAAACUGGAUGCUGACUUAACAAGUUCUGUAUCAAAAGGCAAUGAUGAUAAAGUUGCAAGUGAACUACUGGAUAAUGCAGAAUGCAUUCCUGAAGUUAUAAAUGUACAGCAGAGUAUCACAUUGGUAAAAUCAUCUCAGGACAAUCUAUCUAACAACCUAGAGAAGUUAAGCAAAUCUGCAGUUCCUAAUAUUUUGAAAAAUGCCAAGUGUACUGACCAGGUAUGCAAGAAAAAACCAGGAUUCAGAAUUGCUGCUGAAGUACAGGAUUCAGAAUCUUGUGACAAAAAAGCUGCGAAAACCCAUGCAGAGUCAUUAUCUGAUUUUCACAAAAAAAUGGUUUCUCCUGUUCUCACAACAGUACAUAAUGUGUUUAUAUCAAGAACUGAUGGAUAUUCAGCAGAUGAAACUGCUGGAUACUCUAGAAACAGCGUGCUGCAGGAAGAGGAGCAAGAUGGCUCUGUUUUGAAGUACAAAGCAGAGAGAGUGCACAUUACCGAUGAGUCAUGCAACCUUGUGGGAGCAGUCAAUAAAGCUCUUCUGAAAGUUAUACGGAGUGACAGUUUAGAUGAAGCUGCAGAAUGGAAGAGACUGAAACAAAUUACAAGAGUAGACAAAAACCUGCCAGGCUCAAUAUAUGAGAAAAGAACCACGGUAUCCUGGGGAAAAAACAAGCAUUUAUUUCUGAACCUGCCUGCAAAUGAAGACCCUGAUGUUUCUCAGACAAGUAAUAAGCUGGAAGAGAAAAAGCUGCAUUCACCCUCGUUAGUAGCAGUGAGUAAUGUUUUUAGUAAUUCCUAUCUGCUAUCUAAUACACACAAACAAAUGUCACCUAUUCCUUCUCCAUUAUCUUCGAGACUGCCUACCCCACAGCUGCAUCAUCGGAUUCUCCCAUUACCUGCACAGAACUCUGAAGACGAACCUAUGCUUGGUGACUACUGCAGUGGGAGGCAAAGUGCUAUAAACCUCUCUUUCAAUGACCUGGAGUCACCAUUUUAUCUGAAGUUUUCUGAACCUGGAGAACUGGGAUUUGCCAUCAGACAACCAUGCUUACAUCAGAAUGCAACUGCAGGGCAAUUUGAAAAGCGCACUCUACAAGAGAGACUAACUACUCAGACAAAGCAGAAUUUCUGUGCAGGUCAGUAUGAUUUUAUAUGUAUAAAAACUAAUGGAAUUGAUAAUCCAUGAAAGUGUCAGAGGGAUUUUUUUAA